AUGUCUGAUCUCAAGAAGACUGAUAUCAACAAGUCCGUGCCAGUGGUGACCCAGCUAGGUAGGCUGCUAGACGUCGCUUCCCUCUCAACUCCGUCAUCGUCCUUAUUCUGUUUAGCUGGUGGGAAGGGCAUCAAAGGGGCCGGUCUACAGGGUGGUAAAGGUGGCAAGGGCGGUAAAGGGGCCAAGGUUCACGGUGGUAAGGGAAAGAUUGGUGGUAAGGGCACGUCUAUGACCAGAUCGGCCAGAGCUGGUCUCCAAUUCCCUGUGGGGAGGGUCCGACGUUAUCUCAAGGAUCGUGCUACUGCCAACUGCAGAGUUGGCUCGACUGCUGCUGUUUACACUGCAGCUAUAUUGGAGUACCUCACGGCUGAGGUCCUUGAGCUCGCUGGAAACGCUGCUAAAGACCAGAAGGUUAAACGUAUAACUCCACGACACCUACACCUAGCCAUCAGAGGUGAUGAUGAGCUCGACGUCCUCAUCCGUGCUACAAUCGCUGGAGGUGGAGUCGUGCCAUAUAUUCACCAGAGUCUUACGGCUAAGGCCCCGUAUCACAAGAAGAAGCGAGUUAUGUAA